AUGUUCACAGUACCAUUACAUAUUGGCAAUUUACAAAUUGAUUUUACAAAACGCUUAAUUUCAAUUGAUCGAUUUAAUGUUGUAAUUAAUGAUAAUAAUAUUAAUGUUCCUACUGCUAUUAUUCCUGCUACAAUAAAACGGGAAGAAUUUAAGCGAACAUUAACAAUAAAUAUUGGAUGUGCUAUAACUGAUCAAACUAUACAACUAAAUGAAUAUGCAAUAAAUGAUAAUUUAUUAUGGAUUAAAAUUAAUGAUGGAACUGAAUUAUUAAUUAAAUAUGAUAGAAAGGAGGAAUUAUUUGAAAAAUAUGAAAUUGAAUGGUCAAAUAUCAAAUGUUAUCAUUAUAUGAAAGAUGUGAUAAAGGCUGAUGCUAAUAGCCAAUGGUAUGGUGGACCUCAAAUAGCUCAGCAAACUUGGCCUUUGGCUGAAACUCUGCAACAAUUUUCACCGUAUUUAUCAUCGGAUACAUUAAAAGCUAAUACUGUUGCACCAAGUCUUUCCUAUUCAAUAUUUGUAGCAAAAUGUUGUACGCUACGUGAAUUUCAUAUCGCUGUUCAUGGAAAUUUGUAUGAUUCAUGUAAGACUAUUCCUGAUGAAGCAAUGAUUCGUAAGCCUAUUUGGUCAACUUGGGCAAGAUACUCAGAAAAAGUAACGCAACAUGAUGUGCUUGAAUUUGCUCAAGAAAUUCUAAAUAAUCAUGCACCAAUUUGCCAGCUUGAAUUGGAUGAUAAUUGGGCUACACAUUAUGGCGAUUUUGAUUUUAAUAAGGUUAAAUUCCCGGAUGUGGAAGGUAUGUGCAAACAACUGGAACAAUUGAAUAUUCGAUUAACUCUAUGGGUUCAUCCAUUUGUCAAUUUGAUUAGCGAAAAUGGGAAAAAUCCGACAUUACGGCAUUUAUUUGUGAGAGAUUCCAGUGGUCAACCGGGAAUUGUUGAAUGGUGGCAAGGGCAAGCUUAUGUGAUCGAUUUCACAAAUCCUGAGGCAGUGCAGUGGUUUUGUGAACAGCUGGAAAGAAUUAAAAAGGUUGGCAUUUUCUCAUUCAAAUUUGACGCAGGUGAAGUGACCUAUCUUCCAGAAGAUGUUCAUCUAUAUUCUGGUGCUUCACCAAAUGAUUUUUGCGAGGCUUACGUACGUACAGCCGCAUCGUUUGGAUCUUCAGUUGAGGUAAGAGUUUUUCGUCGUACACAAUCUCUGCCCAUAUUUUACAGGACAAUGGAUCGCUUAUCAACCUGGAAUAACAUUGGUUUGAACACUUUAAUACCAGUGGUACUUAAUUUCGGACUACACGGUUAUUAUUAUAAUUUACCGGAUAUGAUAGGUGGUAAUGGAUAUGGUGGUGAAAAAUGCAGCAAAGAAUUGUAUAUUCGUUGGAUGCAGGCAAAUGAAUUCCUGCUGUCUAUGCAAUUUUCAUAUCCUCCAUGGCAGUAUGACGAUGAGUUGUGUGAUAUUUUCCAUCGCAUUAUGCAAAAACGAAAUGAGAUGAUGAAUUUUUUAAUUGAAGCUUGCCGGAAAAGUUGUAAAAGUGGUCAACCCGUAAUACGGCCGUUAUGGUGGUUAUCGGAAGAUCCGGAAGCACUGUAUUCUGGUGAUCAGUUUGUAAUCGACGAUACUAUGAUUGUUGCACCAAUUUUGACUGAAGGUGCAACAUCACGAAAUGUUUUUCUUCCAAAUGGUAUUUGGGAGCAUGAAUUAACGCACAAUAUUUACAUGGGACCAAUUAAAUUGACUGUUGAAGCUCCUCUUUUCCAUCAUGCUCCACCAUAUUUUACUUCUGUUGAAUAA